CUUGUGUUUUCUCGGUUUUCUCUCUCUUGUUGGCGCAUUGAGUUGUGCACUCUCGCAAUCUGCUGUACUGUUUUUUAAUCAGCAAAUUUAUUGUUAAUUUACAAGUUAAUUGUCAUUAAUAUUCAUCAAUAAUGCCGAAGAAUAAGGGAAAGGGAGGAAAGAAUCGUAGGAGAGGAAAGAAUGAAAAUGAAACUGAAAAACGUGAAUUGGUCUUCAAAGAAGAUGGCCAAGAAUAUGCACAAGUUACAAAAAUGCUUGGAAAUGGUCGCCUGGAAGCAAUGUGUUUUGAUGGUGUAAAACGUCUUUGUCACAUACGAGGUAAAUUGCGUAAAAAAGUAUGGAUUAAUCAAGGUGAUAUUAUUCUGAUUGGUCUUCGUGAUUACCAAGAUGCUAAAGCUGAUGUUAUUUUGAAAUACACAUCAGAUGAAGCCAGAAAUUUAAAGACAUAUGGAGAAUUCCCAGAAACUGUCCGUAUCAACGAUACUGUUACAUUCGUAGAAGAUGGCUUUGAUGAAGACAUUGAGUUUGGUGAUGAAAUCAGUGAUGAUGAUGAGGAUGAUGUAGACAAUAUCUGAUGAACCACAGCAUAAUAAAAAAACAUAUGGUAGGACAAAAAAUUUGGUAAAAAUAAAAUUCAUCAUGAGAAACACAAAAAAAAAACAACAAUUGAUUUUUUAAUUAUCCCAACUAUAAAAAUAAAUACUACCAUGUUGUUUUGCUGCUUUUUUUUUUUUUUUUUUUUUUAUUUGAAUAAAUACUCUGUAAAUUAUUAUUCAAUUAUCAAAAUUAAUUCAAAUGGCAGAUUAAAUUAAAGUCAGUUUAUUAGAUAAUUUAAUAUUUCAGCAAGUGCUACAAUGUGUGUGCAAUGAAUGAUUAUUGUGUUCAUUUCAAUAUAAAUUUUACACAUAACAGUAUCAAAUUUUUGUCUGAUAAUAUUUAGGUAAUAAUCAAUUGUCAAAGUUUUUUUAAAAAUUAUUCAUGAAACUUGCAUUACAGCUAUGUUCAAUAUUCAAUAAAUACAUUGACAAAAAUAUUUGUCGUAAUUUCUCUGUUAAUUCUCUUAUUUAAACCUUAAUUUCUUCUUGGUUUUUUCAAAUAAACGUAAAAAAAAUUUAAUAUGUUAUUUAAAUAAUUAAAUUUCAAUUUUUAAUAGCUGGAAAUUAUUAGGGGUUGUGAGCAGAAGCUGUUUAGAAUUUUUUCGUUAUUAAAAAAAAAAAUAAAUAAUGAAAUUUCGAUUUUCUAUACAUAAAAUUUAUUCUAAACAUGUUGUUGCUUACAGGAGCUGUGAACAUACGUGAUUUGCAAUUUUUUACGUUGAAAAAUAACAUGAAUAAUUAAUUGUUUGUAUAAUUACAUAUUUUUGCAUUUUAAUUUCAUGGAAUUUCCAUUUUUUUUCUACAACGAAACGAAAUAACGUAAAAUAACUUGAAAAUUUCGAUUAUAAUUUAUUUUUCGAAAUACAAAUAAUAAACAUUUUCCUUUUUAAUUUAUUAUUUUUCUAAUUACCUAAACAAAACUAAAAAUUUUCUAAACAACAUGCAGAUAAUCAAGAUUUCUUUAUUACUAAUUAUUGAUAAAUUAUUUAUUUAUCUUGCCUCUCCGUGACAAAUGAUAGCAUCAUUGGAGAAAAAAAAAAAAAAGUUGUUUAAUCAAAAACCCAAUUUGCUUGUGUGUUAGUGUCUUUAUAAAUAUAUGUACACUUAACUGCACAAAACACAUAGAUAGUGACAUAGGUGUGGACAUAGAAGAAUAGACGAAGAGGACAAGAUUAUCAUCAACUAUCAAGCAAAGUGGCAUUUGGCAUAGGGCAAAUUAAAAAAUUAAAAAAAAAAAAAAAAA